AAAACUAGUAUAGAGAAAGAAAUUUCUUCCUACCUAGUAACCUUUGAGGAGGCCAAACAAAAAACGGCAGGCACGCUCCUACACAAGUAAAUUUGUAACAUUCCUGAUUCAGAUUCAUCGCCUUUGAAACCCAUCCAUCUCUUAAACACUCACUCCACAACAUAACAAACCAACUUCCAAUUUCUUCGACAAUUCAGAGUCUCUCCUCUCUCCCCUCUCUCUCUGUCUCUCCCUUGCGAAUUGCGGUGACCCCUUUUCUCUCUCCUUUCUCAAGGGGUCGUCGCCCCCUCUCUCCACUCUCCUCCUCUCUCCCCAGAAAAAAAAAUAAAAAAACUCAAAAAAAAUCAGAAAAACAAAGGCACACUUCGAAUUCCAAUUCCAAUCCGAUCAAACCCCAAAACCCACCAAAAAAAUUCGUAUUUUGAGGAGCUGAGACUCAUAAGAAAUGUCGGAGAUGGCGAACACAGACCCGGAAGGGAUCGACGGAGUGCGGAUGACGUGGAACGUUUGGCCACGCACCAAGGUGGAGGCCAGCAAGUGCGUGAUCCCACUCGCCGCCUGCAUCUCCCCGAUCCGGGCCCACCCCGACAUCCCCACGCUCCCAUACGCGCCGCUGCGCUGCAAGACCUGCUCCGCCGCCCUCAACCCCUUCUCGCGCGUCGACUUCACCGCCAAGAUCUGGAUCUGCCCUUUCUGCUACCAGCGUAAUCACUUCCCGCCUCACUACGCCGCGAUCUCCGAGACCAACCUCCCUGGCGAGCUCUACCCUCAGUACACAACCCUCCAGUAUGCUCUGCCGGCCGAUUCAGCCGCCCCUCAAUCUCUGCCAUCGCCGGUCUUCGUCUUCGUGCUUGACACGUGUAUGAUCGAGGAGGAGAUGGGUUACGUCAAAUCGGCGCUCAAGAGAGCAAUUGGGUUGUUGCCCGAUAAUGCGCUUGUUGGAUUUUUGUCGUAUGGGACCCAAGUUCAGGUUCAUGAAUUGGGGUUCUCUGAUUUGUCCAAAGUGUAUGUCUUUCGGGGGAGUAAGGAGAUUUCGAAAGAACAGGUUUUGGAGCAAUUGGGUCUCGGCGUUUUGGGCCGGAGACCUGGUCCGGUUGGUGGAGGGUACCAGCCGAAGGGGGUUCAAAAUGGGUUUCCUAAUGCGGGUGUGACCCGUUUCUUGUUGCCUGCUUCGGACUGUGAAUACACUCUUAAUACGUUGUUGGAUGAAUUGCAAAGCGACCAGUGGCCUGUGCCACCUGGAAAUCGGUCGUCCCGGUGCACAGGAGUGGCGUUGAGCGUUGCAGCCGGUUUGCUUGGAGCUUGUGUGCCUGGAACGGGGGCACGCAUUGUAGCGUUGGUUGGGGGGCCAUGCACAGAAGGGCCUGGCGCGAUUGUAUCCAAAGAUUUAUCAGAACCAGUACGUUCCCAUAAAGAUCUGGAUAAGGAUGCAGCACCAUACUUUAAGAAAGCAAUCAAAUUUUAUGAUGGUCUUGCGAAGCAGCUGGUUAGCCAGGGUCAUGUCUUAGACCUGUUUGCAUCUGCACUGGAUCAGGUUGGGGUUGCAGAAAUGAAAGUUGCCAUUGAAAAAACCGGUGGACUUGUUGUUCUGGCAGAAAGUUUCGGUCAUUCUGUAUUCAAAGACUCUUUCAAGCGUGUUUUUGAAGAAGGGGAACAGUCGCUUGGCCUUUGUUUCAAUGGUACACUUGAGAUCAACUGUUCAAAGGACAUCAAAAUUCAGGGCAUCAUUGGACCUUGCACAUCGUUGGAGAAGAAAGGACCUGCUGUUGCUGAUACUGCUAUAGGGGAGGGGAAUACAACAGCUUGGAAAAUGUGUGGCCUUGACAAGAGUACUUGCUUGACAGUUUUCUUUGAUCUUUCAUCUAGUGAUCAGUCAAAUACACCAGGAGCUGUAAAUCCGCAAUUGUAUUUGCAGUUUCUUACAAGUUUUCAAAACCCCGAAGGUCAAAUGAUGCUACGAGUAACAACAAUUACUAGACGAUGGAUAGAUAGCACUGUUAGCUCAGAGGAAUUGGUUCAAGGAUUUGACCAAGAGACUGCUGCUGUAGUAAUGGCAAGAAAAACCUCCUUGAAAAUGGAGACAGAGGAAUCUUUCGAUGCUACACGAUGGUUGGAUCGGGGACUCAUUCGUCUCUGUUCCAAAUUUGGUGACUAUCGAAAAGAUGAUCCGUCAUCCUUUACUUUAAAUCCAUGUUUUUCAUUAUUCCCUCAAUUUAUGUUUAAUCUCAGGCGUUCGCAAUUUGUGCAGGUUUUCAACAACAGUCCAGAUGAAACUGCCUAUUUUCGCGUGUUGUUAAAUCGGGAAAAUAUCACCAAUGCGGCUGUCAUGAUUCAACCAUCAUUAAUAUCAUAUUCAUUUAAUUCUCUUCCACAACCUGCAUUGUUGGAUGUGGCUUCAAUUGCAGCAGACCGGAUUCUCUUGUUGGAUUCGUAUUUUAGUAUAGUCAUUUUCCAUGGAAUGACAAUAGCACAGUGGCGUAACAUGGGAUACCAGAAUCAGCCAGAACACCAGGCAUUUGCACAAUUAUUGCAAGCUCCUCAUGAUGAUACACAGUCAAUCAUUCGGGACCGGUUCCCUGUUCCUAGAUUGGUGGUGUGCGAUCAGCAUGGCUCGCAGGCAAGAUUCUUGUUAGCAAAGUUGAACCCGUCGGCAACAUAUAAUAACGCCCACGAGAUGGCUGCGGGUUCAGAUGUAAUCUUCACAGAUGAUGUAAGCCUUCAAGUUUUCUUUGAGCAUCUUCAGAGGUUGGCAGUGCAAUCUUGAGAGCCAGAUACAAUUUCAUAUUCUACAGCUACACUCGAUUUUGGUGCGGGGAAACUCAGUCGGUUUAAAUUUUCUAUCCCCUCUCAUCCUCCUGUUUCAUUAAAUUGUUUUCCUUUCAUUCCAAUGUAUCUAAGACAAGAGGUCAGACCCCACAUUCUUUUAAUAAGAAAAAGCUCACAACAAUUCUUUGGGGUGCAGGGAAGGUAUGUACUUCCUUGAUAGAAUAAGGGACACAAAGAUGAAAUGAGUUUGAUAUAUGUGGAAAGAAAGGUAUGACAGGGAUGUAACUCAAGGAGGCUCGGAGCCAGUCAGUAGGAUCUUUUGUGAGGUUUCUUUCUUCCCUUUUUUUUUCUUUUUCUUUUGUAUUCAACCAGGUCAGGAGGUAUUUUCUUGUGUGUCUGAACUUAAGUUAUACUCUGAUGGGUUUAUGAAGCUAGGCUGUAUUUACUCUAAAAUAUACUAGGCCCAAAAGAAUGUUUGGAUUCA